AUGGAACCCGUGUUUGGUUCGUUCUUACUAACUCAAUUUCAUUCGACCGCCGACGUUGGUCGACUUUCGUUCGUGAUGCGACAGCUUCGUUUGACGGAAUCGGCUUACCAGAUCCCGGAUGAAUGCCGCAAUAAUGUCGCCUUCUCAUUUGAUACCGCCUCUUUUUUAUGGCUACUAAUCUUUUGGUGUCCCCUUCUCUUUUGGUGUUGCCCAGUCUUUUUGGUUCACCUCUCCUCUUUUAGUGUCCCCUUCUCGUUUGAUGCCGCCUCUUUUUUAUACCUGCUGAUCUAUUGGUGUCCCCUUCUCUUUUGGUGUUACCUAGUCUUUUUGGGUUGCCACUCAACUUCUAGUGUCCCCUCCUCAUUUGAUACCGCCUCUUUUUUAUGCCUGCUAAUCUCUUGCUGUCCCCUUCUCUUUUGGUGUUGCCGAGUCUUUUUGGUUCGCCUCUCGUCUUUUAGUGUUCCCUUCUCGUUUGAUGUCGUCUCUGACUCCUUGUCAUUUGAUAACGCCUCUCUUUUAUACCUAUUAAUCUAUUGGUGUCUCCCUCUUUUUUGGUGUUGCCGAGUCUUUUUGGUUCGCCUCUUCUCUUUUAGUGUCCCCAUCGCGUUUGAUACCACCUCGUUUUUAUAA